CAGAGCUGCAAGCCGAGAAAGAGCCAAGCUCCUCCUCCUCCCCUGCCACUCAGGAGCUGAUGACAAGGCUGGGCUUCUUACUGGGAGAAGGGAUCCCGGGCACGGCUCGCAUACCUAUGGAAGACAAGAAUGAAAAUAAGGUAUUUCAUUUCCCCCCUGCAGCUGCUGCAGCAGCCGUACAACAACAGAGAGAGAGAUAGAAGGAGGGAGCAGGGGGGAGUGGAGUUGAGAGAGUGUGAAAAGAGUGGAAAGAAGAAAGGAUGCUUUUUUGGUGCAGCUUGUGCGCUCGCCUUUGCCCGGUUCUUUGGACUUGGAUUAAAGUCUCAAUUCUUCCACGGAAAUGAUACUAAUUGCGGCGAAUAAGGGUAACUCUAAACUAUAACAUCAAUGUGUUCUCAGAGAUGUUUUGUGUCUGUAAACUAAGUGAAUGUUUGGUUAGUUAAACUGCUUGAGUGUGUUAGUGUUGGAGUAUGAGCCUGAGGUAUCCAGUGUGAUGAUCUUAAGCAAACUUUGAGUGGCUCUUGCAGGGGCUCUUGAGUAUGUAACACGAGUGUACGAGCUUACCUCCAGAAAUAGUUAUGUCAAGUCUUCGGCUCAGUUUGUUUGGCUCUGCUAAUUAGUCAGAAGCUCAGUGGAAGGGAGCAGAGCACCCCUUUGAUUUCCCUCUUCAUGCAUUAUGCUUCUUUGACAUAUUUUGGCCCAGAAUUGGUAAUUCAAGUAAGAAGCUUAUAUUUCAUGAAUCAUAUUCAUUAGUCGAGAUUUCAAAGUGAGAAACCCAAGGAACACUGGUUUUGGGAUGUUUUUUGUCUAUCUAGUAUGAUGUUCUUCUCAGUGCUUCAGAGAGAAACGCUUGGAGGCAUUGAUCAUCUGUUAAAGGUCCUUGAUCAGUCAUUCUGAUUCCCAUGUAAAAUAGCCCCUCGAGUGACUAUAACAUCACCUGCAGUAAUUUUUUCAGAUAAAAAUGCUCAAAAGGGCCUUUUUCUCUUCGGUUAAACUACCAGGAAGUCUGAAAAAACAGAAUGAGUGGGUGGGGAGCUCACCUUGACUGACGGUUCUUUGAAAACGCCUAUGUCAAGCAACAUGGACGCAGUGAGAUUAUCUCAAGCAAAUUUGCUGAUACACAAAGCAACUCAAACAACAUUGAAAUUGCAUGCAACAUCUAAUCCUGUCAUACAUCAUGGUUUCACAAAGAUUGUUUUAUCCAACUGUUUUGUAACAGCAUCAAUAUAGAAAAAAAGGUUGGCUGUUUAAUUUAGCUAGCUAGCCCAAAUGGAAUUGUCAGCACUGUUUAUCAAACUAGCUAGCUUGUUCAUCUUGGACAAUUUCAGUUGUCAUAAAAUAUAUACACUGAGUGUACAAAACAUUAAGGACACCUGCUCUUUCCAUGACAUAGACCGAUCAGGUGAAAGCUAUGAUCCCUUAUUGAUGUCACUUGUAAAAUCCACUUCAAUCAGUGUAGAUGAAGGGGAAGAGACAGGUUAAAGAAUGAUUUUUAAGCCUUGAGACAUGGAUUGUGUAUGUGUGCCAUUCAGAUGGUGAAUGGGCAAGACAACAUACAGUGAGGGAAACAAGUAUUUGAUCCCCUGCUGAUUUUGUACGUUUGCCCACUGACAAAGACAUGAUCAGUCUAUAAUUGUAAUGGUAGGUUUAUUUGAACAGUGAGAGACAGAAUAACAACAAAAACAUCCAGGAAAACGCUUGUCAAAAAUGUUAUAAAUUGAUUUGCAUUUUAAUGAGGGAAAUAAGUAUUUGACCCCUCUGCAAAACAUGACUUAGUACUUGGUGGCAAAACCCUUGUUGGCAAUCACAGAGGUCAGACGUUUCUUGUAGUUGGCCACCAGGUUUGCACACAUCUCAGGAGGGAUUUUGUUCCACUCCUCUUUGCAGAUCUUCUCCAAGUCAUUAAGGGUUUGAGGCUGACUUUUGGCAACUCGAACCUUCAGCUCCCUCCACAGAUUUUCUAUGGGAUUAAGGUCUGGAGACUGGCUAGGCCACUCCAGGACCUUAAUGUGCUUCUUCUUGAGCCACUCCAUUGUUGCCUUGGCCGUGUGUUUUUGGUCAUUGUCAUGCUGGAAUACCCAUCCACGACCCAUUUUCAAUGCCCUGGCUGAGGGAAGGAGGUUCCCACCCAAGAUUUGACGGUACAUGGCCCCGUCCAUCGUCCCUUUGAUGCGGUGAAGUUGUCCUGUCCCCUUAGCAGAAAAACACCCCCAAAGCAUAAUGUUUCCACCUCCAUGUUUGACGGUGGGGAUGGUGUUCUUGGGGUCAUAGGCAGCAUUUCUCCUCCUCCAAACACGGCAAGUUGAGUUGAUGCCAAAGAGCUCGAUUUUGGUCUCAUCUGACCACAACACUUUCACCCAGUUCUCCUCUGAAUCAUUCAGAUGUUCAUUGGCAAACUUCAGAUGGCCCUGUAUAUAUGUGCUUUCUUGAGCAGGGGGACCUCGCGGGCGCUGCAAUUGUUUUCUUGGUGACUAUGGUCCCAGCUGCCAUGAGAUCAUUGACAAGAUCCUCCCGUGUAGUUCUGUGCUGAUUCCUCACUGUUCUCAUGAUCAUUGCAACUCCACGAGGUGAGAUCUUGCAUGGAGCCCCAAGCCGAGGGAGAUUGACAGUUCUUUUGUGUUUCUUCCAUUUGCGAAUAAUCGCACCAACUGUUAUCACCUUCUCACCAAGCUGCUUGGCGAUGGUCUUGUAGCCCAUUCCAGCCUUGUGUAGGUCUACGAUCUUGUCCCUGACAUCCUUGGAGAGCUCUUUGGUCUUGGCCAUGGUGGAGAGUUUGGAAUCUGAUUGAUUGAUUGCUUCUGUGGACAGGUGUCUUUUAUACAGGUAACAAGCUGAGAUUAGGAGCACUCCCUUUAAGAAUGUGCUCCUAAUCUCAGCUCGUUACCUGUAUAGAAGACACCUGGGAGCCAGAAAUCUUUCUGAUUGAGAGGGGGUCAAAUACUUAUUUCCCUUAUUAAAAUGCAAAUCAAUUUAUAACAUUUUUGACAUGCGUUUUUCUGGAUUUUGUUGUUGUUAUUCUGUCUCUCACUGUUCAAAUAAACCUACCAUUAAAAUUAUAGACUGAUCAUUUCUUUCAUCAGUGGGCAAACGUAAAAAAUCAGCAGGGGAUCAAAUACUUUUUUCCCUCACUGUAUUUGAGUGCUUUUGAACGGGGUAUGGUAGUAGGUGCCAGGCGCACCGGUUUGUGUCAAGAACUGCAACGCUGCUGGGUUUUUCACGCUCAACAGUUUCCCGUGUGUAUCAAGAAUAGUCAACCACCCAAGGAUAUCCAGCCAACUUGUGGAACGCUUUCGACACCUUGUAGAGUCCAUGCCCCGAUGAAUUGAGGCUGUUCUGAGGGAAAAGGGGGGAAGCAACUCAAUAUUUGGAAGGUGUCCUUAAUGUUUUGGACACUCAGUGACUGCCAGAUAAUGUUCAUAUAUCAUGACUAUAAAUGACAUCAAGAAGUUUGUAUGUAUCUUCCGUUUGGCAUGUCUCUUGAUGUAAUGACAUGACAACUGCAUCAGAGUUUUGGGCAACCCUUCCCCGCUUUUGUUCCAUGCUGGCUAAAGACUUAGCUAGCCAGUUAUUAGCUAACACCAGACACAGAUGAAAGUGGAAACCUAUGUGACCUCACCGCCUCGAUUUGGUCUUCUGUAGCAACAUUUUUAAUGGUGUUGUUUACAUUGAUAAAAGUAAAGACUCAGAGCUACAAAAUGGUAUAUCAUACACUGCAGUUAAGGACCAAUGGGAAAGUAAUUCUGCUUUGAAAGUUGAUGAACUUGUAACCCCACUUUUGAGAAAAUGGCCCUUGAAUGUUUUGGUACACGUACUGAAGAGCUCUUCUUUGUCUACACCUAUUCAGCAUCGUUCACAUCCUCUUAAGCCUUAGCACCACCCAUCUCUUUAAGGAUUUGCUUGUGAGAUCAUGUGCUAAACAGAAUGAGUAAGGUAGUGUAGUAAACAACCAAAGAUUUAAAGACUAAAAGUGGUGAAAGUAGUAGCCUACAAUAAGGAAAAACUCUAGGUAAAAAUACACUAUCUAGUUCUUGUCCUAUAUCCUAAUCUGACUUUGGUGCAGGUCAUGUUGUCCUUCACAUUACCGUCUCUGGUAAACACAAACUAUAUCAAAUAAAAUCAAAGUUUAUAUGUCACAUGCACAGGAUACAGGUGUAAACGGUACAGUGAAAUGGUUACUUGCAUAUUUGCAUGGUAGCAAUAUCAAAAACAGAAAGUGUUCAGAUAAAAAUAUGUUAUAAUUAUUAGAAGAUGCUUACCCAGACACAUUUGUCUAAAUUGAUGGGUCAUGUGAAAUGCCUCUCCUGUGCAGUAGUGAAGUGCGACAUACACCUAGCUUCUUGAAACGGGUCACCUGUAAGUAUUUUGCCUCAGAUGAAUAGGGGAAACCUGUAAUUAUAUUUGCUGACACGCUGCAGUCAAAUUUUGGCACCAGUAGAAUCGCUACCUAGCUAUGUAAACCAUGCCCCUCUGCAAACACACAUUCUGCCAUGUUGGUUACUAGGCGGUACCUGGGGCGGCAGGUAGCUUAGUGGUUAAGAGCGUUGUACCAGUAACCGAAAGGUCGCUGGUUCUAAUCCCCGAGCCGACUAGGUGAAAAAUCUGUUGAUGUGCCCUUGAGCAAGGCACUUAACCCUAAUUGCUCCUGUAAGUCGCUCUGGAUAAGAGCGUCUGCUAAAUGACCAAUUUAUUUAUAGGUACGAGAAUAAGACUUUACCAUUGGUGUCUUAAAAUGAGAGAUUUUGUGAUGCCACAAAAUCCCCUUAAUAAUCCCGCGUCCUGAAUCAAGGUGUUUGACAUGGGGGAGGGGACCAGUAACUUUAUGGUCCAACUUUAGUUGAGUAAUCAACUUUAUCAAUGUAGAAGCAACAGUAAUAUUUUAUACUGUGGUCAUCCUACUUUGAUGUGGUUUCAUCCAAAUAUCAUCCAAUUUAAUGAAAAACAUGAUUUUGACUGUGCAUGACCUUUAAAUAUUCUCUUUCCCAUUGACUUCUACACCGGUGUUUUACUAUCAGUUUUAAAGCAUAAUCUGUUUAAUUCUGCCUUAGAGUAAAUGUUUUGUUGUUGUUUACCCUUAUGAAUUUGACCCUGAUCACCAUUUAGCUAGCGUUGUUCUCCAGAGUGCGACGUUGUGAUGUAGAUGGGAAACGAUGAGGAAGAGUUAGCAUGUAGAACCUAAUCAGCUUGGAGCCCUUUGGUGAGGCAGUGUUAGCAGGCUCCUGGACUACAUCCCAAAUGGCAUCCUAUUCCCUAUAUAGUUCACUACCUAUAGGGCUCUGGUCAAAUGUAGUGCACUAAAUAGGGAAUAAAGUGUCAUUUGGGAGCAGGCAUGUAGCACACCUCUAGGCGGUAACACUAAUAACCCCAGCCAUCAAGCACUCAUCCUGACCUAGGCUACACACUGGAUGGCAUAGGGAGAGAGAGGCAGUGGAGAGGAGAAUACAGGGGACAAACCUAAAGGUUGGGGUUAUGGCAUUAGCACUUCUUUAGUAAGAAGAACAUGGUGAUCAAUCAUGGGUUGAGUUAUUCUGGUUAGUAGUUACAUUGUAAGUUGGUAUUCAGUUGUUCUGCCUCAGGUCUAGUCUAUGGCCUGGGCCCCUAUUUAUCAUGCAUCUUAGAGUAGGAGUACUGAUAUAUGAUCAGUUUCAUAAUGAAUCCUAUUCCAUAUUAUGGAAAGGAGGGAACUGAUCCUAGAUCAGCACUCCUACUCUGAGACACAGGUCCUGGAGUCGUUUUAGACCUGAGUUUGCUGUUUUGAAAGCCUCACUUUGUUUACUGAGCGAGCUCAUGCCCUCAGCUUGUGUGUCACGCUCACAUGUAAACUGCUAAUUUAUUUGCCCAGGAAUUUGCAUUGCUUGCACAUGAUUCGGGUUAUUUGCUCAGGUUAAAAAAAGCUAGUUGACUUGACUCAUAUUUUCCAGUCUGCUCCCAUAUAAGGAGACAAGCUCUUUAUUCCCAAGUGAAAAAUAUGAACAUGUUUUUAUUGUUAAACUUUGUAGCUGUGAGAUCCCAUUCAUACUGAUUGCACUAGUAUUCUUUCCCUGGCUCAACGCUCUACUCUCUCUCUUCCUCUGUUGUCAUGUUUUACUAUGUUGUUAUUGUUGUUGUUGAUGAGGACAAUGAUGACGACAACUUCAUAGGACUAUGUGCCUUAUCUUUGUAAAUACCCAUGCAUUUCAGUAAUAUAUUUGACCGCCAUGUGGGAUCAAUAAAGCAAAAUAAAAUAAUGUUUCUCCUCCUCCAGUGCUCAGUGACUAGUCAGGGUAUCAGUCCCUGCUCCAGUCUGACCAGUAGCACGACGUCCCCCUGCACAGAGAGCCCGUGCUCCACCCUGAACAGCAACGCCAGCCACAGCCUCAGCCUCAGCCACAGCAGCAGUGGUCACGGCAAAACUCCUCUGAGUCACUCCAGCCCCUGUGGAACCAUCACCAGCCCCAGCUCCACGCUCGAGAGCAAGGACAGCGGGAUUAUAGGUGAGAGACACUCGGGUUGCGUCUCGAUUGGCACCAUAUUCCCUAUGUAAUGCACUACUUUUGACCGAGGCCCUUCUGGUCAAAGGUUGUGCACUAUAGGGAAUAGGGUGGCAUUAGGGACACAGCCUCACUCACCCAUCCACUCAAUCAGUCACUCAGUCCCCAGCACUCAGCCUUUCCUCAGCACAUACUAUUCACAUUCUGCACAGUGCCCACAGCAAUAGACCUAUAAUGUCCUCCAUGCCUCUUGUGUCUCAUGAGACUAGCAUCAUCAACAAUCUCAACAGGGUCUGCAUUACAAUCUAUCAUUAUUCAUAUGGACUUUAUACUUUAGAACAUUCAUCUUCUCCAAAAUCUUUGAGCGUUUUACUGUUCUAUUGCCUGACAACUCAUCCUGAACCCAUCGGUUUCUGGGACCAAUCAGAACGGUCAGAAUAUGUUUGCAUUCUACAAGAGGGAGGAAGGCAAAUCCAGACUCAUCGUGGAGAAGAAAGCGGUGUUGCAUUGAGCUGUUAGUGGUGUGUACAGUAUUAAAGAGUAGUGGUGGUUAACAGCUCCAACAGCAUGUGGCUGUUCAGUUCCUCUACUAACAGGGGCUUUAGGAGAUUUGGGGAUUUAAACGUGCUGACAGGAAGAUGGGUUAUUACUGCAUUCAACUCCUUUGUGGUUUCUGCUUAAAGGUUCCAGGGACAGUCAAACCUACUAGAAAUCCAUUCGGAAUUCUGAAUUGUAGCGUUUUUAUUGCCCAAAGAUGUUAGUCAUGAAACAUUGUUCGUUUUUCAGUAAGUCUUUUUUUGUCUGGUUAAUGACAAGGCUCCAGUUGAUUUGGACCAAAAUAGAACAAAGCAGUUAACCUCACUAGGACAUCACAAUUCUAUCCCCUAUUGUACAUUCACCCAAGUAGCCAAAUUUGGCCUAUAUGAAAAUAAAAUGAAGGAAAAAGACCUGUUGCAAUAGCCUCUGCUGAAAUCGUGAGCUGUUUCACCAGUGUUUCAACCUUUUUGUACCAUUUUGUGGCCAAGACAGACUUGGUUGGUUGGCAGUAAUACUUUGCAUCUCCCGAAUGCAAAUCCUGUGCUGCUGUUGACAUAAUUGAUAACUGUGACUCAUAUUCCUCCUAGCCCCCCCCUAAAUAAUUCAUGCUGGCUGUGAAAUUGUAUCUGCCAUAGUAAAGCAGCGUGAAUAGCGCUGUGCCGUGCCUAGCUACUGCCCAGGCUGAGACCGAGAGAUGUGGCCUAAGCGUCUCAGAGUAGAAGUGCUGAUCUAGGAUCAGGUCCAUGUAAGCUUAUUUAUUGUGAUCUUCAAGGCAAAACUGAUCCUAGAUCAGCGUUCCUACUCUGAGACGCUUGAUACAUAUGGGCCAGCCAACUUCAGAUCACUAGGACCUACUUCUUCUUCGGUGGAAUCAGUACUGUAGAACUCUAUGCCUUUAGCCAAGUCUAGCGGCCUCAUGGUUUCUCCUUCGAACACUCAGAAUUCUGUUUGUUGGCGGAGGACAAGCUAUAACAUUGGUCCUGAACUUCCCCCUAGUGAGUUGGGCUUCUUGGGUUAUUUAAAAGGCAGAGAGAGAAGCCAAGUAGGUUGCGUUCCAAAUGGCACCCUAUUCCAUAGGGCUCUGGUCAAAAAUAGUGCACAAUGUUGGGAAUAGGGUGCCAUUUGGGACGCAUACAUUGUGUCCAUGAGACUGAUUUCCAGCUCUGAUGAAUAGUAGUCAGGGCCUUUGAAGUGGUUGAAACGGACUGUGGAAGAAGCAGGAUAAUAGAACGCAAGGAAUCAUUUACUUCAAAAGCCCAUAUUCAUUUGGCUGGUUUUUAAACAGCACGUUGGGUGGGAUGGUAUGGGGCCUACUGCAGAGUGUGUGUUGACAUAUGAAAACCUGCAGCUGCUGUUGUGGGGUGGGGCCGAGGGAGGGAGGGCAUCGCAAGGAGGGGACUUAAGAAGGUCAUAGGAAUGGUCAUAAGCAUUUAUUCAUGUUGUAAAUAAUGAUCAUGACCAGUUAUUCAUGUUGUAAAUAAUGGUGAUAACCAGUUAUUCAUGUUUUAUACACCGGGUGGGUCUAAUCCUGAAUGCUGAUUGGUUAAAUCCGCAUUCCAGCCGGUGUCUAUUCCAUAAGUUACCACUGGCUAAAUCUAUGACGUUAAAAUGCCUAUUUACUCUGUUCCACCUGACUGGGUAAUCCACUGUCUCAUCAGCCCAGCCAGGCAAUUUAUAAACUUGAUCUACACUAUAAAAAGCAUCUAGACAUUAUCUCACAUUUCUUUUAGACUAACAUUUAGUUUUCAACAGCGUAGAUUUGUAUAAACCUUGCUGUCUGUCUCUCUGACAUCUGCAACAUUGUAUCAAUAUUCAAGUUUGAUCUCCAGCUGUCCCAUAGUAAUGAACGUGUCGAGAGUCGGAAUGAGACAGACAGGCAGCCUGCGUUUCUCAGCCAGUCGAAAUCAUGAUUCAGCAUAAUUUUUAUGGAUAUAUAUAAAGAACUGUCAAUAGAAAACAGGUGAAACGAAACAAAGUGCAGCUAGUUUGUGAUUGUGUUAGCUGUGAUGUUGGCUAGCUCCUCUGAACAACAGUGUCCUGACGAGAGAGCACAUUUUCUAUGCCAGGCGAAAUCUCGCCUCAUUAGCUCAUUGUUAUGGAUGUAUCCAAAUAAAUGUCACUAGAAAACAGCUUAAACAAAUGCAAAUGCAGCUACUUUGUUGAUAUUCUGGCUGCACUGUUUGACGUGACUGUAUGUUAGCUGUAGUUGGCUAGCUAGCAAGCAAAGGAUAAGAAUGUUGCCAGCCAGUAUGGCAAUGGAACAUUUAGAACGAACGACUGGGUCGCGUCCCUAGAUACAGAACAAAAAGAUUGAACGACUAGGUCGCGUCUCUGGCAACCGAACCGAUAGAACGAACGACCAGCCGGCUUGGGUAGCAACCCUAGAUUUUUGUCGGGACUAUAUCUUGUGGAAGGAUGAAAUAGUAUAAAUAAAUUAAUCAAAAUAGCAUUUUUAAUGAAAAUAUGUCAACCAUUAUUUGAAUAUGUUGGUAACCCGUUGUAUAAAAGUGAUAAUGACCUCAAAUCCAGUGUUUGGAGGAUAUAUUGGCACCUCGACUUCGUCUCGGGCCUAACAACACCCGUGCCAAUAUAUCCUCCAAACACCGGCUUCGAGGGCAUUUUCACUUAAGUAAAUAAUGGUGAUAACCAGUUAUUGAUGUGUAAAUAAUGGCGAUAACCAGUUAUUAAUGUUGUAAAUAAUGGUGAUAACCAGUUAUUCAUGUUCUAAAGCAGAGUGAGGAGAUGGUAAAGCUAGUGUAAGAUAAUAGGCUGUUUUACCUUUUAAUUCAGACCACUUUGGUCUAUCUUUGUGAGUCAAAUAACUGAUGCUUAUAAGCAUGUAUCAAAUGUUACAACAUUUAGGGAUUUCUGAAUUGCUGAAUAUUUGCACAAGCAUCGGGCUAGUUAUCCCAGACGUAUGUGUUAUGUGAAUAUUAGCGAUGAUGCAACACACGGCACCGUUAUGAAAUCCAGAUUAGCUGUGUGGUACAGUGGGUUUACUCUAAAGCUGCCAAAAACAGACGCAGUCGCAUUUCCUCUGACUGCAAAUGUGUGCAUCCCAAAUGACACCCUAUUCCCUAUAUAGUGCACUACUUUUAACCGUCAAAAGUAGUGCACUAUAUAGGGGAUAGGGUGCAAUUUGGGACGCGUUCCCAUGUUUUGGAGCCCAGCUGCUAGUCGGUGACUUUUGCCUUUCCCCUCAGCUUUUAGUGAUUGUGUUUAGCAUGGCCAGCCAGGCCUGAGGAGAGGAUUAAAAGGGGAUUUGCUUUCAUGGAAGCAAACACCUGUCUAAACUCUUCAAAUGGAAAUUGGUUGUUCUCCACACCAGCCCCCUUUUUCUCCCUCCUAAAUCUUGUGUUCUUGUGAUCUCUUCAUAUAAGAGGAUCUGAUGUAGCUAUAGGGUUGGCUGGGAAUUCUUUCUUAGAAUUCUCAGUUCUUCCAGAAAUCUUGAUUGGAGGAUUCCCUGCUUAUUCCCUCCUGAUUCCGGGAACCUUCCAUCCUGAAUUUCUGCAAAAUGUGGGAAUUUUGGGAAAGUUACCAGAAUUUUGCAACCCUACUACAGUAUCAACCUCAGCUUGAUCACACCAUGUUCUAUUAGAUGGAUGACAGUACUGUUUAGAGGCAAACAUAUUUGAUGUACAGUGUACACUAUUAUUGGACAUUCUAAGCUACUCCAUUCAAGAUACCUUUGAUAGGGGAAAAUAAUGGUGGUUAAUACAAAGACUAAAAAGCUAUUGAGGAAAUGAAUGCCAUAAAUCUACCCCCCCAUGCCAGCGCUGGAUAAUUCUCAUUAGUUGGAACUAAAUUUAGUGGUAAAUAUCAGAUCAGGUGGAGGGUGUUGAUAAGGUCAAUGAAAAAAGAGUGGGAGCGCUAAAGACUCAACUUCUCCAUUAUAGGCCAAUGUCGUUUCACUCCAUAUCAAGGUGCAGGGAAUUCCUGAUAAUGAUAAUGACGUACUGCACCGAUUUUAUUCUCUCUCUCUCUCUCUCUCUCUCUCUCUCUCUCUCUCUCUCUCUCUCUCUCUCUCUCUCAGCCACCAUCACAAGCUCCUCGGAGAAUGACGACCGCAGCGGCUCCAGCCUGGAAUGGAGUAAAGAUGGCAGCCUGAGGAGCAGCGGGCACCAUGGCCUGGCGCCCAGCGUGCGGGCCGAUACAUGCUCUCCCGUGGCGGAGGAAGACCCCAGUGGGCCCCCAGAGACCCCCACCCCAUCCAGGACAGAGCACCCCACGGGCUCCUCAGCAGGGGCUGCAGGAGGAGCAGCAGUAGGACCAAGCCGCCCACCAGAGGGCCCCGUUCCAUACCCCACAGCACACACCUCCUUGUCCCUCAUGAUGCCGCGGCCUAACUCUGUUGCAGGUAAGAAACCUUGGCUUUGGGUGAUUCAUGAUGCGGAGAAGGGAUAUUAUCAGGACUUGUAUACUGCUUUGAGUUCACUGGACUUGUAUACCGGUUUGAGUUAUCUGGACUAUCUACUGGUUAGAGGUUUUUAGACUUUUACAUUGUUUUGAGUUAUCUGGACAAACUUGUAUACUGGUUUGAGUUGGUAUCGGGUCAUCAAAGGAAGUGCUCCUUGAUCCAUGCUCAGUGAAUCCCCCUUCAAAUGUGACUCAGUUCAUCUUGACUUUGUGUCUGCAUUAUCUCCUUAGGAAGAUCUCUUGACCUGGAAAGGAGGGUGUUAGUCUGUGACCCUUUAGGACCCAACAGUGUCUGUACUUCACAGAACGUCCUGACUCAGGUCCUCAGUAAGCCACGGUGCCCUGUGUGACUGUGGAGCUGAC